AUGAUUUCCCCUCUACCCCUCCUCCUCACCCUCACAGCAACCCUCCUCCCCCCAACAGUAGCAUUAGCAUCAACAACACCCCCCCACCGCCCGCCUACCCCCCGCCGCCUCCUCGCCAACGUCUCGGUCAUCGACACGCCCAUCGUGCGCGCCGCGCAAGCCUUCGCGCGCGCCCACUCCGACGCCUACCUCUACCACCACGUGAUGCGCGCCUGGCUGUUCGGCGUGCUGCACCUCUCCCACAACGCCACGCUCGCGGCGGCCGUCGACGAGGAGGUGCACGCGCUGGGUCUGCUGCUGCACGACCUGGGCGCCAAUCACAGCGUGGCGAGCCCCUUUUUCUCGGCGGAUCGGCGCUUUGAGGUCGAUGGCGCGUACGCGGCGAGGGGGUUCAUAAGGGCGCAUGAGGAUGGGGCAAGGUGGGGGGAGGAGAGGGUGCAGAGGGUGUGGGAUGGGAUCGCGCUGCAUGCGGAGCCGAGGUUUGCGCUGCAUAAGGAGCUGGAUGUGGUGGCGAUUUAUUGGGGGAAUGAGUUGGAUUUUGGGGAGCCGAGGUUGGGGAUCACGGGGGAGGAGCAUGCGGCGGUGCUGGAAGCGUUUCCGAGGCUGGAGAAUCAGACGCAGAGGGUGCUGGAGGGGAUUACGUGGAAUUGUCGGUAUAAGCCGCUGUCGACGUACGACACCUUUAUGCAGCCGUUUGGUGAGAUGUUCGUGCCGGGGUACUCUGCUGUCGGGCACCGGGGGAUUGAUGGGGUCUUGGGUCGUAAUCGUUGA